GAGAGUCUGAACUGCAUCGAGCAUAUCAUCUGAACCACCAUGGGCCCCGUUCAAGAGCCGGUCAAGAAGCGGAAGCGGAGCCACAAGAGCUCGGGCGCAAAGGAAGAAGCAGCAAAGGCCCCCGAACCAGUCCGUGUCGAGCCCGAAAACGAUGAGCAGGUAGCGGUAACGGCAACGGCAACGCGCAAGAAGCAGAAGGUCGAUAAGAAGAAGGUCGUGGAAGAGUCUCCCGCAGAGGCCGAAGAGACUCCCGCAGAGGAUUCCGGAGAUGAGGGUCAACAACAAGACAAAGAGUCCGAUGAAAGUGCCGACGAUGCGACGGCGCUGCCCUCGGCGAACGGGGUGUCUCUGCCCGCCGGCGACGCUCCGCAGAAGUUCAGCGAACUGACCCUCUCCGAGCCGACGGUCAAGGCCAUCAAGGAGAUGGGCUUCGAGACCAUGACGGAGAUCCAGCAGCGCACGAUUCCGGCGUCUAUGGCUGGGCGUGAUAUUCUGGGAGCGGCCAAGACUGGAUCCGGCAAGACGUUGGCGUUUUUGAUUCCUGCUGUCGAGAUGCUGAGCGCGCUGCGCUUCAAGCCCAGAAACGGCACCGGUGUGAUUAUUGUCACCCCCACGCGCGAGCUCGCGCUGCAGAUCUUCGGCGUGGUCCGCGAACUGAUGCAGUUCCAUUCGCAAACGUACGGAGUCGUCAUGGGAGGAGCCAAUCGCAGGGCCGAGGCUGAGAAACUCAACAAGGGCGUCAACCUGCUGGUUGCCACUCCCGGUCGCCUGCUGGACCAUCUGAGGAACACGGAAGGUUUCGUUUUCCGCAACUUGAAGACUUUGAUCAUUGAUGAGGCGGAUCGCAUUCUUGAAGUUGGUUUCGAAGAUGAAAUGCGUCAGAUCAUCAAAAUCCUUCCCAACGAGGACCGCCAGACACUCCUGUUCUCUGCCACGCAGACGACCAAGGUCGAGGACCUGGCGCGGAUAUCACUACGGGCUGGCCCGCUGUAUAUCAACGUAGACCACCGCAAGGAACACAGCACGGUCGACGGGGUGGAACAAGGGUACAUCAUCUGCGAGGCGGACAAGCGGUUCCUGCUGCUGUUCACCUUCCUCAAGAAGAACAUCAAGAAGAAGAUCAUUGUCUUCUUCUCCAGCUGCAAUUCGGUCAAGUACUACUCGGAACUGCUCAACUAUGUCGACCUGGGCUGCCUCGCCCUGCAUGGCAAAAUGAAGCAGCAGAAACGCACCAAUACCUUCUUUGAGUUCUGCAACUCCGACUCGGGCAGCAUUCUGCUCUGCACAGACGUUGCGGCACGAGGAUUGGACAUCAACGGCGUCGACUUCAUCCUCCAGUAUGACCCCCCCGAUGACCCGCGCGAUUACAUCCACCGCGUGGGGCGGACGGCGCGAGGCACCAGCGGUAAGAAGGGUCGGUCGCUGAUGUUCCUGCUGCCAUCGGAGGUGGCCUUCCUCUCACACCUCAAGGAGGCACGCGUGCCAGUGGUUGAGUUUGCCUUUCCGGCGAAGCAACUUGUCAAUAUCCAGUCGCAACUGGAAAAGUUGAUCGGUCAGAACUACUACUUGAACCAGUCGGCCAAGGAAGGCUACCGGUCAUACAUCCACGCGUACGCGUCUCACUCUCUGCGAUCCGUGUUCGACGUCAACAAGCUGGACCUGGCCAAGGUGGCCAAGAGCUUUGGAUUCACGACGCCACCGCGGGUAGACAUCACGCUGGGGGCCAGCCUGCGUGGAGAGAAGGUGCAGGCGCGGCGGGCGUACGGCAGCCAGCCCAAGGCGUCGCGAUUCAAGCGGAAACACGGUGACGAGUAAUUUUGCAUUAUAAAAGCGUGAAUAGAUUCUUGUAUGAUUUCUACCAGUGAUUGUAGCCCCUCCAGUAUUUAGAGAGUAGAGAUUUAGAGUAGACAACUUC